AGUCCCUCCUUGCGCGCCCAUUUCGAGCCCGAAUGUCAAGCUCGACUUUGGGGACCUGAGAAUCCAGCACAUAUUUUCCAGGACUAGAUUCUUGGCUAUGCGGGCAGGAAUGGCGCAGCUGGAGGGUUACUAUUUCUCGGCAGCCCUGAGCUGUACCUUUUUAGUGUCCUGCCUCCUUUUCUCUGCUUUCAGCCGGGCGCUGCGAGAGCCCUACAUGGACGAGAUCUUCCACCUGCCGCAGGCACAGCGCUACUGUGAGGGCCAUUUCUCCCUCUCGCAGUGGGACCCCAUGAUUACUACAUUACCUGGCUUAUACCUGCUGUCAGUUGGAGUGGUCAAACCUGCCAGUUGGAUCUUCGGAUGGUCAGAACACGUUGUCUGCUCCAUUGGAAUGCUCAGAUUUGUUAAUCUUCUCUUCAGUGUUGGCAACUUCUAUUUACUAUAUUUGCUUCUCCACAAGGUGCAACCCAGGCACAAGGCUGCCUCAAGUAUCCAGAGAAUCUUGUCAACAUUAACAUUAGCAGUAUUUCCCACACUCUAUUUUUUUAACUUCCUUUAUUAUACAGAAGCAGGAUCCAUGUUUUUUACUCUUUUUGCCUACUUGAUGUGUCUUUAUGGAAAUCAUAAAACUUCAGCCUUGCUUGGAUUUUGUGGCUUCAUGUUUCGUCAAACAAAUAUCAUCUGGGCUAUCUUCUGCGCAGGAAACGUCAUUGCACAAAAGUUGACUGAAGCUUGGAAAACCGAGCUACAAAAGAAGAAAGAAGAGAAGCUUCCCUCUAUUAAAGGACCAUUUUCAGAAUUCAGGAAAAUUCUUCAGUUCCUUUUGGCUUAUUCCAUGUCCUUUAAGAACUUGAGUAUGCUUUUCCUUUUGACUUGGCCCUACAUCCUUCUAAUGUUUCUGUUUUGUGCUUUUGUGGUAGUUAAUGGUGGAAUUGUUAUUGGUGACCGGAGUAGUCAUGAAGCCUGCCUACACUUUCCUCAGCUAUUCUACUUUUUCUCUUUUACUCUCUUUUUUUCCUUUCCUCACCUACUGUCUCUUAAGAAAAUCAGGUCUUUUCUUUGCUUAGUUUGGAAACGGAGAAUUCAGUUUUUUGUGAUUACUUUAGUCUCCAUAUUUUUAGUUUGGAAAUUUACUUAUGCUCAUAAAUACUUGCUAGCAGAUAAUAGACAUUAUACAUUCUAUGUGUGGAAAAGAGUUUUUCAAAGAUAUGAAAUUGUGAAAUAUUUGUUAGUUCCAGUUUAUAUAUUUGCCGGUUGGAGUAUCGCUGACUCAUUGAAAUCAAAGUCGAUAUUCUGGAAUUUAAUGUUUUUCAUAUGCUUAUUCACCGUUAUAGUACCUCAGAAACUGCUAGAAUUUCGUUACUUCAUUUUACCCUAUGUUAUUUAUAGGCUUAACAUACCUCUGCCACCUACAUCCAGACUUGUUUGUGAGCUGGGUUGCUAUGCAGUUGUGAAUUUCCUAACUUUUUAUAUCUUUCUGAAUAAAACUUUUCAGUGGCCAAAUAGUCAGGACAUUCAGAGGUUUAUGUGGUAAUAUCAGAAACAUCUUGAACUCUAAAAAUAGACUUAUUAUUUAGACUAUUUCCAUAAUGAAAACUACGUAGAAAUUUUUAAAUUUCUUUUAGGCACCAUGGUGAUCCGCAGAUCACAUCAGAUUUUUUGUGCUUUAAAUAUCAGAAAUAUGUAUUUUAAAUAUAUAUAUGUGAAAUAUGUAUAUAUAUAUAUACGUAUAUAUAUAUAUAUGUAUAUCUAUCUAUCUAUCUAUGACCCAAGGAAGUUAAAUGGUAAAGAACUGAGAAAAGUUUAAGACUUGCUCCAUAAGCCUGAAUAAUGAUGGGAAAGUAAAAUUAUUCAUAGCUAUCUCAUGAUAUUUCUUUGAUACUGUUGGCCACUCAAAAAGCUUGGAAACUUUUUUGUAUACAAGUUUAUUUAUUAAUUCUCUUCAGAAAAAGUAGCAAAGUCUUUGAAAAAUAUUUACAAAUGAUUAGGUAAUAUUAUUGAUUGAAAAGUUGUUUAGCAUUUUAGUAAAUAUAAUUUCAAUCAUAAGGUAAAAUAGACUCACAUAGAUAGUAAAUGUUGUAAAAUAGAGGCUUUUCUGUGUUUAUCUAGGAAUCAAAUUGUUGAUUUUUAUUAAAAAUCUAGAAAUGAUGAAGUCCUUUCACCGUUCCUAAUAUGAAAUAUAUCAUGAGCAAAGAUAAAUUGUAUUGAUAAUAAUACCUUUUAAAAGGGCUUUUCUUUCUGAAAUACACUACUUUAUCAGUUUCCUUUGGCUGCCGUAACAAAUUACCACAAGUUUGGUGGCUUAAAAAAAAUUUCAGAAUUCUGGAGGCUGGAAGCCUAAAAUUAAGAUGUCAGCAGUGUUGGUUGCUUUUGGAGGCUGUAAAAGAGAAUCCAUUCCAUGCUUCUCUCCUACCUUCUGCAGUCCAUGGUGUUCCUUGGUUUAUAGAUGUAUCACUCCAGUAUCUGCCUUUGUCUUCACAUGGCCUUCCUCCCAUCUUCUUUCUCUUACAAGGACAAUGUCUGUGGAUUUAGGGCCCACCCUAAUCCAGGAUAAUUGUGUGUUCAGAUCUUUAACUUAAUUAUGUCUACAAAGACUCUUUUUCCAUAUAAGGUCAUAUUUACAGGUUCCAAGUUGACCUAUCUUUUUGUGGGGCACUUUUUAACCCACCAAAGUUACCAAAGGAGGUUUUACAAUAAAUUUCAUAAAACUUGUAGGAAAUAAAUUUUUGAUGAGAUAUUUUAAAUAAAAUUGCAUCUUUUCAGAGAGGUUAAAAACAAGUGACUUGCAGGGUCACAUAAUUAUAAAACUAAAAGUAACUGGUAUUUGAUUCCAUUAUCCAAAAAACGUUAGAAUUUAAAGGAAGUUUAGAAAUUAUUUGAUCUAGUCUUAUUUUGUAGAUUAGGGAACAAAUGCUUGGGUAGGAUUUGGUGGGAUUAAUUUUGGAUUCUGUGUCUGCUAUUUGGAGUACAUUCAUUGGGUUGUCAUUCCCUAACAGAGAAGUAUUAUUUGGAUAUGCUAACAUUGACAUGUAAACUUAGAACUGUAACUAGAAUUCAUUUUUUAAUCCAGUUUUACAUUUGUAAACUUUUCAAUAACUGUGUGAACUGUCUUAAGUGUUGGAUUAUGCUUUCUCUGGGUUUUAAAUAAUGAGUGGAUUUGGAAGGUACUGUUCAUUUGCAAUAUAAAAUUAUGCACAGGUGAAAAUACAAGUGUAGUCUUGAGUAAUAAAUGCAAAGUCUGGUUUUACACACUCUUUGGGGCCAAGCUGUACUCUAUUUAGUGCUUAGAAAGUAGAUUGACUCUUUAGUUAUAACAGUGACUGUAGGACAAAUGUUUUUACCGAAACUUUUUUUUUAAUUAGACAAGAAAGCACACUCAAAUAAUUAUUUUAUAAUGGAGAUAUGAAGUCAAAAUUCUCCCCCAAAUGUGCAAUUUAGGAAAAAGAAAUUUCUUAUCUGAUGCCAUUGGUGCAAGGCUUUUGUUUUUUAGGCAUAUUUCUGAGACAAAAAAAAAACCUUUUUCUCUCUAGUCUGGCAAGAAGGAGGAAACUAUUCUACUCCAUGUAUUAAAGGAAUCAUUGUUCUAAUUCAUUUUUAAGUGUUGAGUCCCUGCCCUUUUAAGAGAUCUUUUGGAAUGCUGUGAAUUAAAAGGUGCUCUACAGAGCUGCUUUUAGAAACAUCCUGAAGUUAUAUGUGUUUUGACUCUUUUUCAAGAGUUACCAAAUAGAUAUGUUUGAUAUUAUUUUUUAAAAAAUUAGACUUAAUGAUUAGAAGGUAAUUCUUAAAAAAAAAAAAGUGUUGAUAAGCUAGAGACCCUGUAGGGCCUUGCAGUUAUUGUUAUUAAAGUCUGUAAAUGGGUUUUGGGGGUUUUUUUGUUUUUUGUUUUUUGCGGUACGCGGGCCUCUCACUGUUGUGGCCUCCCCCGUUGCGGAGCACAGGCUCCGGACGCACAGGCUCAGCGGCCAUGGCUCACGGGCCCAGCCGCUCCGCGGCAUGUGGGAUCUUCCCGGACCGGGGCAUGAACCCGUGUUCCCUGCAUCGGCAGGCGAACUCUCAACCACUGCGCCACCAGGGAAGCCCUAAAUGGGGUUAUUUUAAAGAAUAUCAUAAAAAGAUUUGGUCCGUAAGUUUUUUAGGCCCAGUAAUAUAUCUUUUUGGACUUUUUCUACCUUGUAUGAAAUUCUGUAGAUACAGAGUAUUAUCUCUAUAUAGCAUUAGGAAGGUUCCAAUGUGUUGUGUUUCCUCACAUUUAUAUUUUCUUUUAGUGGAUACCUAGAAAUCUUUUCUAAUGCAUCUAUGUAUGUAAAUUAUUUGGAAAUAUUGAUACAGUCAUUUCUCAGUUUAAGCAUAGCAUGUCAUUUUGGCAAGAGAAAUUAUGUUAGCUUUCUGGUCUCUUCCUCCUUCUUCUUAGAGUUAUUUCAGGAAUGUGCUUAGCCUGUCACAACAUACCUUAAUAAAAAUGGCUUAAUUCAGUUUAUUUCUAAUAAAUAAAUAAUAUAGUG